AUGAACAAACUCGCCCACGGGGGCCCCUACCCUGGUCGAGAGGACGACGAGGCGGCUAUUCUCGCCUUCUGCAACAUUCAGAAGGCUGCCGCUCUACCGCACACGAGGCAGCAUGUGUCGGGUGUGCCACCGAGAGCCCCGCCGGUCGCAUCGCACGAUUUUGCGGUCCCGGCGGUGGCGGCCUCGGCGGGAGUUGCGCCGCUGGCCUCGACCACUGAAGAGGUCGAUGUGCCCCCGGUUGCCCCCCUGGCCCCGGAGACACGAGAAGAGCCCGUGGCUGCGCUAGCUGCAGCUACCGAGAUGGAGGACAUGGACCUGCCGGACGCAAAUCUGGCUGAGGCGAUUGCCGAGUCGGAGCGCCGUGACACCGACCUUGACGCUCCCCGCGCGCCCAGAAAGCGCCGGGCUGUGACGCAUGACGACUCUGACACUCCCUCUCAGACAUCUGAAGGAGCGAGGCCGCGGAAGAAGGCCACCAGGGCCUCCCGCACCUCCACCACCGAGUCUGGGCUGACUCUCGCGGGCUCCUCCCGGAGCACCGCCGCGCAGAAAUCGACGAAGACCACACGGCGGCCCACUCGUUCACCUGCUGCUUCCCGACAGCCGGACGAGGAUGGUUUUGGAGGACCAGCUUCCGCCACCCGAAGUUCGGCGCUGGUGGAGCGUGAGACGCGGCCACCGACCGCGCCGUCCACGGCUUCGCCCGUGGGGGUGGCAGCCCCCGCGCCCACGCAGGGCGCGCGGGCUGCCGCCCCGCGCAGGCGUCGCCGGCGUGCGGGCCGGGCCACCCCUGCCGCUGCACGACGGACUGUCGAAGACACUCUGCCGCCGCAGAGGACGACACCUCGUGCUGCGCCGCGACCGGCUGCCGAUGCUCCGCGGCAGUCGCCUAGUACGGAGCGGCCGCCCCAGUGGCGGAGGCCGCCCCAGCGGCCCCCACCGCCCCCAUGGCCACCGACGCAGCUGAGCUCCGAUCGCUAUUGCGGUCGUUGA